UAUGGAGAGGGGCUGGACUGGAGGUGGAGGAGGGGAAGUCAUCAGUAUGGGUGUGUGUGGGGGGGUGACACCACCCAGAAAGGGUCUGCGGCUGAAAGGGGGACAGGCCCAGCUCAGAGCCCCGGGGACCACAGUUAAGGGAUGAAUGAAAGCACAAUCACUCAGGAAGGUCACCGGGGAGGAGAAGCGGAGGAGGCAGGAGGGGAGGCAGGAGGGAUGGUCCUCAGGGGCUCCUGCCAGAGGGCCAUCAGGGUGGUUCUGGAGAGCUCCGAGGAGCCAUUCCAGGGGAUUGGAGCCUCUGGGCAACCUGGGAACAGGAGGCACUGCCCAGACUUGGCUGGAUUGGACUGUUGCCUCCAAGGGGUGCUGGGAGUAGAGCCAGGGCCCUGGGUUCCAGUCCUGUCUUUGCAUCCCUUGCUGUGUGACCUGGGGCCUGUCCCUGGCCCUCCUGGGGCCUCAGUUUCCCCACUUAGGUCCCUGGCUUCAUGGUUUAGGCUUGCCUGGGAUUUGAUUUCAGGAGGUGAGUGGCAGGGGACACAGGAAGGCUCGUCCCGAAUCCUGCCCCCAGCCCAGCACCAGAGCAGAUCAAGGGACCAGCAGACAGUGGACGGGUCAGAACCAGGGGAGGGGGAGCUGGAAGGGCAGGUGCCAGAGACCCCAGGACUUGGCAGGAGGUCGUCCUUGCUAGCCUGCUGACAUCGGGGCUGGUGAAUGUGGAGGGAGGUCAGCUGGGUCCAUCAGCCCUUACCUCCCCCCCGCCGCCCCGGUCUGGUACUGGGCAGGAGCUGAGCCGGGGGAGGGUGAGAGGAGGGGCCUUGAGGGGGCAGCAGAGAGGAUCCCCUGGGGCCUGGGAUGAGCAUCAGCCUCUGAGCUGAACUGGCAGGGAGCCAGCCCUUGGGUGGCGCUGGUCUUCAGUGCCCCCCUCCCCGCCCCAGAAUCGGCGCCUCCUCCCUCCCUUCUCCUCUCCCUGACCCCCUGCCCCUCUUCCUCCCACUCCUGGUUCAUCUCUCCUCUCCUAGGCUCAUCUCCAGUUACUGACUCAGUGGUCUUACUGCCGAGGGAGAGGGGCCAAGGGAGAUGGUUUGCUUCUUGUACUGUCUGCCCAGAACCCACCGUGAGCCCCAUCAGGAGAGGGGCCAAGGGAGAUGGUUUGCUUCUUGUACUGUCUGCCCAGAACCCACCGUGAGCCCCAUCUCUGCCCUUGACAGAGUUCCUACUGCAGCCGCAGAUGGAGCCCUGCCCAGCCCCCGAGCAGCCCUACCCAGAUGUUGUCACAGUGGAUCAGGAGAUAACCCAGCUGAGGUCUUAUAACAGGUGCAAGAAAUUCCAGGCAAAGAUCCCACAGAGCAUGGAUCACCAUGACGAGGCCGGAGAGUCGGAGAUGAGAAGGACCUCAGACUCGUGCAUCGUCGAGAACGGGCACCAGCCUGGGGCAGGUCCAGGUGAUGGACCCCCUGAGACCACCCAAACUGUCCCGGCACCAGAACCCCCCAAGCCUCGCCCUGCGAGCCUCUCCUUGCGGCUGCCUCACCAGCCAGUCACGGCUAUCACGCGAGUCUCCGAGAGGUUCUCUGGGGAGACGUCAGCCGCAGCUCUCUCGCCCACGUCUGCCGCCGUCCUGGGGGGCCUCAGCCCCAGCGAGGCCACCACACCCUGGACUCCCAGUCCCACUGAGAAGAAUUCUUCUCUCCCACGGUCUUUAUCCAGCUCUGGCUACGGGGCAGUGACGGCCAGCAGGAACAACGGCAGCCCACCUCUGGUGACGCCACCCGAGUCUCUCCCAUCCCCGCAGCCGCCAGCCACGACCCAGGCCCAUCGGCAGGGGGAGCGUCGCCGGGAGCUGGUGAGGUCGCAGACGCUGCCCCGCACCUCGGGGGCGCAGGCCCGGAAGGCGUUGUUUGAGAAAUGGGAGCAGGAUACAGCUGGCAAGGGGAAGGGCGAGACCCGGGCGAAGCUGAAGCGCUCGCAGAGCUUCGGCGUGGCCAGCGCCAGCAGCAUCAAGCAGAUCCUGCUCGAGUGGUGCCGCAACAAGACGCUCGGCUACCAGCACGUGGACCUGCAGAACUUCUCCUCCAGCUGGAGCGACGGGAUGGCCUUCUGCGCCCUGGUGCACUCCUUCUUCCCCGAUGCCUUCGACUACAAUGCCCUGAGCCCCGCGCAGCGGCGGCAGAACUUCGAGCUGGCCUUCACCAUGGCCGAGAAUCUGGCCAACUGUGAGCGCCUCAUUGAGGUGGAGGAUAUGAUGGUGAUGGGCCGCAAGCCAGACCCCAUGUGCGUCUUCACUUACGUCCAGUCUCUGUACAACCACCUGCGUCGCUUUGAGUGAAGCCCCUCGGGGCUGGAGAGCCAAGCCCCGAAGGAGUCGGUGGGGCCGCCUGUGUCCCGGAGUCAGGAUGCCCCCCCGAGCAGAGUUGCAUUCUGGUGUGAGAGAGCUGUUUGUUCUGUGCCUCGUAACCGCGCUCCCCAACCUGCCCGGCUGCGUUCCUGAUGGGAAAGUACCGCUGAGCUGCGUGCACUGACUGCACUGAUCACAGCCAGGGGCUCCAAGGAAAAGGAAGUAUUCCCAGAGAGAGAGAAAUUGGUGCUAAAUAAUUACCUUCCUUAAAAAUAAUAAUAAUAAUAAUGCUUGUCUGUAGAUUCUGGAAGCCUGAAUCAGUGUUCCCUCUGCUGAACUGGAUCCAUUGGCUUUACAGGGUUGCAUUGACUACCAAGUGUUUUUUAAUCCAAACACCCAGAGUUUUCUACUUCCUCACACUAUUGUAGGUUCCUUUCCUCCCGCGCUCUGGGCCACUGCCAGGAAAUAUAGAGACGCUUAAUCAGCAGCUUGACAAAGAAGACUGAAGUCUUGGGAAGAAACUGUUUAAUCACUCCCAGGUCCUGGGCAGCAGCUGACCUGCAAGUCACCUCGGCUCUCUGGGGAAAUGGGAGGGCUCUCGCCGGGUCCCAAAGUGGUCCUGUCCUUCCCAGGAGGGCUCCGCACGUGUUUGGCUGAGAAUAGGCCCUCGGGAAGUUAACACUUUUAGGGAAGGACGGGCGUUUGGUGCUGCGAGGUGGUUUUUAGUCACAGCUUCUUUUAAGGGAUUCGCUGCAGAUAUUUAUAAAAAGUAACUCCAUCUGUACCACUGACCGUUUGUACAUAAAAAGAUGUGUCGCACUUCA